AUGCGAGCCAUUGGACUGGAGCGUGACAGCAGCGACAGUGUGGCCGCUAUCAUCAGGGCCACGCGCAAUGGCGCUGAUUGGCGAUUUCUUCUUCACGAGGUGUAUCCACAUCGGGCCCUGACGCUCCGAGGCAGCCAGGCAGCUCCACAGCGGUAUCAACCAUUCCUGCUCAACCUGGCCGUACAGGGCCGUCGGGACCCGUCGUGGCUGUUCACGUACGUGGACGAGUUCGAGAGCAUAUCGCAGCGAUAA